AUGGGCUGUGCAGUGGUCCUGCUCCUGUCCUGCCUCUUCUGUCCCCUCAGUGCAUUGGUGCUGGACUCAAAUAACAUCAGGAGCUCCACCGAGGUUGGUCAGGAUCCGACAAAACAGGUGUCUCAGUGUUUGGCAGAUCCUGAUUGUGGCCCUGGGAGUUUCUGCCUCACUUCCCGCCAUGACCAACCCAUCUGCACUGCUUGCAGGGGGCUGAGGAGACGCUGCCAACGUGAUGAAAUGUGCUGCUCAGGGAGCCACUGUUUAAAUGAUGUAUGCACACGAACGGAAGGGCAGACUGCAGAAAAGCCAUCUGAGGCUUCACAAUCUCAGAAAACAAAGGGUGGCAAAAAGGCAAAGAAAUCCAAGACUCAAAAAAUAAAGGAGACUCGACGGAAGAAUCAAAAAGAAAAGCUCGACAAACCACAAAUGAGGAAAGGGCUUGAAAUCAGACAUAUUAUUAAUGUAACCAUCACUGCACUGGGGAGUCAUUACCCUCUACAAGGUUUAGAAGGAGAGACAUGCUUACGAACAUCAGACUGUUCUGCUGGCCUAUGCUGCGCUCGCCACUUCUGGUCGAAGAUUUGUCGGCCUGUACUGAAAGAGGGGCAAGUCUGCUCAAAACGUGGUCGCAAGGAAGGCCCACAAGGACCAGAGAUCUUCCAACGAUGCGACUGUGGCCCAGGUUUAGCUUGUCGCAAUCAAAACCAAGGCACAUCUCAACCUAACUCCCGACUACGAGUCUGUCAACGUGUCUAG